GUGAUUUCAGUUUCUCUCGCCAUCAGGACUACUGGGUACUAUCCCUCCCCUGACUCUUACAAUGGACAAUUGAGGAAGUUGCCAAAAGUCAAUUGCAGGGCCCCUUGCAAGAGCAGCCGAGGUUCCAACGCAGUGCCGCCCCGCCCGACGCCAAUCAACGGAGCCUCGACCGAUUUUCACGAUGCGGAAAUCCAUGGGACUUUCUCCUGGGAAAAGAACAGGGCGAGGGCAAUUUGAAUAUUUCUGCUGGAGCUGGUUUUGAAUGGCGCCGCAAAAGCAAAGCAAUAUCGAGGCUCUGCUGAUCUGAUCGAGGGGCUCCUUUGCGCUUUACCCCCCAAGUCCAUUCAUUCCAUUCGACUCUCCCUUUUCUGUUCUCCUAUAAAAAAAAACCUAAGAAACCCUCUCGUUCCAUCUCCAGUGUCAGAGAGAGAGUCCACAAUCGUCGCCAUGCCGCCGGUCCCAACAAUGCUAGGCUCCACUACCAUGGCCAGAGCUGUUGCUCAUGCUCUUCCUCUGUCGCGUUUGCCUCCCACCCAAUUUUCUGCUCUGUGCCGAGGCAUCUCCCUAUCCCAGCCUCUUGCACACAGAGUUUAUUCCACUGCUUCUGCAGAGGCCGCAUCCCUCCCCUCACAAACACCUCCGACUCGCUCCCGCUUUCGCCGCUUCGUCGGAUUCACCACUCUAGCAGUCGUCGCCUUCACUGCUGGCUUGACCUACCAAACCUCCAAAUCUGUGUCGCGCAUGAUGACGCUCAGUCUAGCUACCGAUGAGGAGACUCUCUCCGCCUUCGUCCCUCACGAUGAGUUCUCCAAGGAGGUCAACGACUAUAUCCGCAACCACCCUCUGGCCGUGUCCCUGCGCAACGAUCCUGCUUUCACCGAGUCCCGCCCACACAUGAAGAUACCGGAGAAGCUGCGCGCGCGCACUCUCACAGGCGGCACACUUGCUGGACCGGACAAGAUUGUGGCUCCUCCGCUAGUAUUCUGUGAAGAGGGCGGAAAGAGCUUGGUCUCGAUUUUCUACCUCGGACCCAACCUCUGCGGUCACCCGGGAAUUGUGCACGGUGGAUUGCUGGCCACAUUGCUGGAUGAGGCUAUGGGACGCUGCUGCUUUCCUGCUCUGCCGAAUAAUGUGGGUGUGACCGCCAACUUGAACUUGGAUUAUCGCAAACCCGCCAUGGCCGGCAACUAUGCCGUUUUGCGGGCGGAGACUGUCAAGGUCGAGGGUCGGAAAGCCUGGGUGGAAGGUCGCAUUGAGACUCUUCCCGAGGACGGAAAGGAACCGGUUGUGCUCGUGGAGGCCAAGGCCUUGUUUAUUGAGCCCAAGCAGGCCGCGGCAAUGUCGACUCUCUACAACAUGACCAAGUAAUUGGCACCCAUCUGAUUUCGAUUUGAUCUAUAAAUAUUGGAUACUUCUUGAGAGUCAUUGCGACUCGAACAUUUAACUGGCGUAUAGAUGGUUGGAAAGCUAC